AUGCGCGUUCUCGUCAUUGGUGGUACCGGAUAUGUCGGCAUCCCCGUCGUCCAAGCGCUCGUUCGCGCUGGCCAUGUCGUAUUUGCUCUUGCGAGGACGCAAGAGAAAGCAAAACAGCUCGCUGCGGAAGAAGCUACUCCCGUACUGGGCGACAUAUCCGAUGUCGACUCUUGGAUCCACCUCAUUCCCACUCUCGACGUUGUCGUCGAUAUUCAAGGCGGCAUGUUCGGCGUCGGCACGGCGCUCUUCCAGGCCGUCAAGAAGGAGGUCCUACGCACCCGCGCUGACGGGCCUAAGCUCGCCUACAUCAUGACCUCCGGUACAUGGGUCCACGGCGACGACCGCAAGGAAGUCGUCACCGACACGACACCGACGCCCAACCCGAUCAACUUCUCUGCGUGGCGUGUGCCAGUGGAGAAAGAAGUCACCAGUGACACCGUGCUGAAUGGGAUCGUCAUCCGCCCUUCCAUUGUCUAUGGCAGGUCCGGGGGUGCUUGUUUCUCCCCACUGUUCGAGGGCGCGUCCAAGGGCAAGGUCGAGUGGUUCGGCACGCCGGGAGGACGAUACUCGGUCGUACACCUCGACGACCUUGCGGACCUAUAUCUCCGCGUCGCUGAGAAGUCUCAGAUGCUUGGUGGCCAGAUCUUUGACGCGGCGAACCCGCUGUCCGAGUCCGUCGACGACUUGUUGCAGAAGAUGGUCGAGGUCUCCGGUGCCAAGGGCCCAUAUAAGUAUGGUGCCCAGCCGCCCAAUCCAUUGUUUGAAGGUAUUCAGACCACGACUAUGCUGCGUCCCUACUUGGGCAGAACGCUGGUAGACUGGGUGCCCAAGAAGCCUGGUUUGAUUGACGGUUUGCCGGUUUGGUACGCAUCUUGGCAGGCUUCCCAGUAG